AUGUUAAGAUUAGCAUGGCGUCGUUCGGCGUCUAAAGGGGGCUUUGGGGAGCCAGUGCGCCUUGUCACGGCUGCUUUUCUGGGAGCGGACAAUUCACAGCAGAGCUCAGAGAAUUACAUCAGUUGUUUCAGGCAAAUUCCCCACCUACCAAGUGACAGGUCACCGCUCCUCAAGGCUCAGCCGGCCUGCUACCUCAGUCCAUCUGUCCUAACGAGGAUGGCAUCAGGGGGUGAAGGGUCAGCGUCCAGUCCCCACAAACAUACCAACAGGUUGGCCAAGGAGAAGUCCCCCUACCUGCUGCAACACGCACACAACCCUGUGGACUGGUAUCCAUGGGGACCGGAUGCUUUUGAGAAGGCAAAAAAUGAAGACAAACCCAUUUUUUUGUCAGUGGGUUAUUCGACGUGCCACUGGUGCCACGUUAUGGAGAGGGAGUCAUUUGAGGAUGAAGAAAUUGGUAAAAUCCUCAGUGACAACUUUGUCUGCAUCAAACUGGAUAGAGAGGAGAGACCUGAUGUGGACAAGGUCUACAUGACUUUUGUUCAGGCAACAAGUGGUGGCGGCGGUUGGCCCAUGAGUGUCUGGUUGACCCCCGAUCUCCGUCCUUUCAUUGGAGGCACUUAUUUCCCCCCCAGAGAUCAAAGAGGAAGACCUGGGUUCAAGACGGUCCUCACCAGAAUCAUUGAACAAUGGCGAAACAACCGCGCUACGCUAGAGUCCAGUGGUGAGAGGAUCCUGGAGGCUCUAAAGAAAGGCACGGCCAUCACUGCAAACCCAGGAGAAAGUCCUCCAUUGGCCCCAGAUGUUGCUAACCGCUGCUUCCAGCAGUUGGCUCACUCCUAUGAGGAGGAGUAUGGAGGCUUUCGGGAUGCUCCUAAGUUCCCCACACCAGUGAACCUCAUGUUCCUCAUGUCUUACUGGGCCAUGAAUCGCUCCACCUCAGAGGGAGUGGAGGCUCUGCAGAUGGUCAUGCACACACUCCGCAUGAUGGCGCUGGGAGGCAUCCAUGACCACAUAGCACAGGGUUUUCACCGCUACUCCACAGACUUUUCCUGGCACGUUCCUCACUUUGAGAAGAUGUUGUAUGACCAGGCCCAGCUGGCUGUGGCCUACAUAACAGCUUUCCAGGUAUCAGGUGAACAGUUCUAUGCAGAUGUGGCUAAGGACAUACUGCUCUACGUCUCCAGAGACUUAAGUGAUAAGUCUGGAGGCUUCUACAGUGCAGAGGAUGCAGACUCUGUCCCGGCAUCGGGGGGCCAAGAAAAGCGAGAGGGAGCCUUCUGUGUGUGGACGGCCUCAGAAGUGCGGGAGCUCCUGCCAGAUGUGGUGGAGGGAGCCACUCCGGUGGCCACGCAGGCCGACAUCUUCAUGCACCACUACGGGGUCAAGGAGCUGGGCAAUGUCGAACCAGAGCAGGACCCUCACGGGGAGCUGCAGGGGCAGAAUGUGCUGAUCGUCCGUUACUCGGUGGAGCUCACAGCCGCUCGCUUCGGCAUCACGGUCGAGAAAGCCAACGAAGUCCUGGCCAGCGCCAGAGCCACGCUGGGGGAGGUCAGGAAGACUCGGCCACGCCCGCACCUGGACACCAAAAUGCUGGCCUCCUGGAACGGCCUGAUGCUGUCGGCCUACGCGCGCGUCGGAGCCGUGCUGGAGGACGAGGCCCUGCUGGAGAGAGCGGUGCAGGCAGCCAGCUUCCUAAGGGAGCACCUGUGGGAUGCUGAGCAGCAAGCCUUACUCCGAUCUUGUUACAGCGGUGAUCAGUCGGAAGUGCAACAGAUAUCUCCACCCAUCCCCGGCUUCCUGGACGACUACGCCUUUGUCACCUGUGGCUUGCUGGACCUGUACGAGGCCACUCUGCGGGAGGAGUGGCUGCAGUGGGCCGAGGAGCUGCAGCUCAGGCAGGACGCGAUGCUCUGGGACCCUCAGGGCGGGGGCUACUUCUGCUGUGAUCCCAGCGACACCACAGUGCUGCUGCAGCUCAAAGAGGUGUCAGCGUCCAAUCUUCUGCGUCUCUCCCAUUACACCGGCAGACAGGAGUGGCUCCAGAAGUCCCAGCAGCUGCUGGCUGCCUUCUCUGACCGCCUGACCAAGGUUCCCAUAGCCCUGCCUGAGAUGGUCCGGGCCCUCAUGGCUGAGCACUACACACUUAAACAG